GGAAUGUAUUACCAUUCCAAUUUUACACGAAGCAUCAACAUGUCAGGAACACUUCUGCUUCACCAAUAUAAUACUCACAUAAUGUCUACGAGCAUGUGGCGUUUUACUUCUCAAGAUUGACAAGAAAAUAAAAAUCCUGUGCUUGACCAACCCAGUGAUCAUAUUGAAGUCGAGUGUCCAGUUCUACAGAGGUUUCUCGAAAGUCACAUUCCCAUCAAAUCGAUUUACUGGCAACUGUCUCUAUUCUACAAGACGGUGAGUGCACAUCCUUAGCCAAGUACGAUUUCUUAAUACCUUUGCAUUCUUCACUGUCAUGUAUGGUUGCUAUCACAACAUCAUUCCCAAGGCCAUUACGCAUUAUCACAUGUCAAAUGGUAUUCAAUUCUGUUGUCAACACCCCGCCACGAUUCAAUGAUCUUCGUCAUACAUCAUGAGAAAUAAUAUGCACCACAACUACUCAGUCCUGUCAGGUACGGCGACCUCAAUUUCAUCUACUUCGAUCAUGAAUCUGUAGGGUCAAUUUCGAGAAAGUCUUGAUUCUCGAAACCUAAUCGAAACCCUCAAUUUGCCACGCAUAGCACAAUCGAUGAGUUUGAAAGAAUUGGAGCCUCAAGCUCUAGAGGCUCUGAAUGAAGAACCGCAACGUGAGGCAGAGGAGAUAGACGGGCUAGAGGAAAAUGCGGUAUUGUACCAUCAACGUCUACCGCAGAUAAUUCGAGAAUCGACGCUUCUCCCAGCGCCCAUUGCCACUGCAAUUAGCCUGGUGACAAGAUCAUCUUCUCUUUACAUUCGACUUGGCACAUUCAUAGGGGGCCUUGCUAUAGAUGGUGCACGAGUAACAACACUCACCGGGCUAGAAGUCAGUAGAGCUAUUAUAGAGGGAAUAAUACAUCGUGCCGGAAAGGACGUUGCAAAUCGGAGUACUGGAGAAUUAGGAAGGUUGGAAGCAGAAGGACUAUUGGAACGAAGCAUCGCGAAUUUACACGCCACUAUUACAGGAAUAUCAUUCGCUGCUUCGACUAGUUUUCAUUUUUCUUCUGUAGCUUUGUCUUCAGCUACAGAUAUUUCACAACAGCUACUGGGUACAUUGGAUUCGAUUCUUGGUUCGACUGAUUCUUCGAGAGCAAUAGCAAGCAUCAUUACACUGAUUCGCAGAGAGUUCCAGAACCCUGCCACAGGAGCAGAAGGAGAGAAGGUUAGUGUAGGUGAUCUCUUGUUGGGUAUUUGUGGGUUGGCAUUGUUGCAAAGAUGGUGUCGCAAAUUGACCGACCUGGAAUGCCGAGAAAACAAACACGAGGAAGUUCUUUGGGAUGUGGUUGUGCUUGAUGAUGGACGGCGAGCGGAUGUGGUUGGUAUGAUAUCAGGAGAUUCCUCCAAUACUCAAGGAGAUACCACCAAAUUGUCUUUCAUGAAUACAAGAGGUGGUGAACUGUUAGAGACGAUUGAAAGAGAGGAGCCAAGCCAAGCUGAUGUUGGAAAGGACAAUGCGGAGAGUGUAUUGAGACAGAGGCUAAUCCAGUCUCUACCUUCUGAUGCCUCUGUUUCCAUUACGACCUCUACCAUCACAACAACCAUAAAAACAAUCACUGUGGAAGUUUCAGGAUUCGAGCCUCCUGUUUUUUUGCCACCUCCCGGAGUGGAAAUACUAGAAGAACAUGCUAUUCGUCUUGAAAAUGCGGACCUAAUCACCGGGGGCAAACAACAAGAAAUUACAUCAGUACCGAGAUAUAGAGUCGUGUAUGGGAUAGUAGGAAAUAGAUUGCGAAAUACGAGUGUCGCAGAACAAGAAUCACUACAAGAUAUUAAGAAGAACGUGGAAAGUGAUAACGGUUCGGCCGAUGACCAGGACAGCAGCGUCACCUAUUCAAACAUACCCAAAGCGACUUAUCUAGACGAUGGUUUGCCUAUACAAGACGAAUACCCGCCUGUCAUUGUUCGCAGAAGAACGAUUGGUAGCAAAUCAAAAAUCCCCAGACUUUCCCUUCCUGGAGUUUUGGAUGAGAAAUGUAUAGUAAGUGCGGAAGUAUCUUCUUUGGUUUCGGAUAACUUAGCAAAUCAAAAGAGAUCAAGAAAGCCUAUCAGCCCAACAUCAUCAGAUGAUAGUUCUAAACAGAAUUUCCUUCAACCGAUUUCGAAUAAUCAAAUAUCUAAAAAAUCAAAGACCGAUGAAACAACGGUGGAAGGAGAAGAUAAGAAAAGUUCUUUUCGCCAGGCCUUGAGUGGACGAUCUAGCACCAAGUUAUCCAAUCUGUUCCACAAGGAUGGGAUCAAAGAAGACAGCAAACCCACACUUCCGCCUCGGCCUCGUUCAACAUGGAGAGACCCCACUCAUGCGUCAACGGUUAGAUCUACCCCAGCCCAUCUAUCAAUUCCACAGAAACGGCCAAGAAGUACUGCAGGCUCCUCAACACCAUUGCGUGGAAAUCAGACCCCAUUGACUUCGGAAAAUCUUGAUAAGAUUCAGCCCGAUUUACCACGCACUCCCUCUAGAACUAGUUAUUACACGGUUCACGAACAACGAAAAGAUUCAAUGGUUUCUCAAAUUGACACAUAUUCAAUCCACUCUUUUGAUCAAGGCCGUUCUCAUUCCCCAACAACCCCGAGGAAUCGUUUCAUGGGCCAGAAUAAUGCUAUGAGGCUACUAUCCGAGAGGGGUUUGACCCUCGAAAAUUCACUUUCGACACCCAAAAGCCAUCGACGCACACAUUCAAAUGAAGAAAGCAUAUUUACAUUGAACACAAAUAAUUCAGAGAUUUGUCUCAUCCCAAAUUUUAGAAGAGAAAAGGGUAUAUUUGAGGGCAGGGAAGCACUAGAUUCCCUGGUGCGGACUGGUAAGAUUGAUGGCACUUUUCCAAAACGCCAUCUCAUACAAAACAUUACUCGUUUCGUCAAAUUUGCAUCUGCUUCUUACGGUUCCAAUUUUCUUCGAGUAAUGGGGAUCUCGGAUCCUAGUACAAGACAAGAGCUUAAUGCUAUACAUCAUCUCGAACAUCAAUCAUUUUCGUCUCAUACACAACUGCCUGCCGACACUAUUCUUCUUUCUUCAUUUGUUGAUCCUCAAGGUGGGACUGAUUCUAGUGGACUCACAAAUACUGGCGUUCCAAUGGUCCAUUAUGUGUCACUAGAUCAUCAAUCACAAGCUAUAGUUCUCACAUGUCGUGGUACUCUAGGAUUUGAAGAUGUUCUCGCCGAUAUGACUUGUGAUUAUGAUGAACUGAUUUGGCGUGGUAAAGCUUACAAAGUCCACAAGGGGAUUCAUGCAUCUGCACGUAGACUCCUUCAUGGCGGUGGAGGCCGUGUUAUGGCCACAAUAAAGGCAGCGCUUGAGGAAUUUUCAGGUUAUGGUCUGAUUAUGUGUGGGCAUUCAUUAGGUGGCGGUGUAAGUACUUUGUUGGCCAUCAUGGUUUCCGAGCCUGCUGGCUCCGGCACAUCAUUCGUUACUUCCUAUAAUUCCGAAAAUCUAUCCACAUCUCAUGACGCUACUAAUGAUUCUUCUCGAAUACUACAACUGCCACCGGGUCGAUCAAUCCAUGUCUAUGCUUAUGGCCCCCCUGCUACGAUUUCUCCAUCUCUCCGAUCUGCAACUAGAGGUCUCAUCACAACAGUUGUGAACGGUAACGAUCUCGUCCCUCAUCUUUCCCUUGGUCUGCUUCACGAUCUUCAAGCAGUAGCUCUUGCAUUCAAGAACGAUGAUUCUGGUGCGAAAGGCGAAGUAAAGAGAAGGGUAUGGACUGGAAUGAGUAAUUCAUUUGCUGAAAGAUGGUACGGACGAUCUGGUCAUGGAACUGAUGAGGAAGAGGAAGAUACGUGGGCAUAUGCUGCACUUAAAGCGCUUCGAGCUUGUAUGUUGAGCAAUAAGCUAGUACCACCUGGAGAAGUUUUUGUGAUUGAGAGUAUGGCUGUCUUGAAACGAAACGCUUUCACAAGAAAAAGUGAUGUGAGCGAUGGAAAGAAUCAUAGAGGGGAAGACGGAUUAGGUAAACCAGCGACUAGAAGUGUAUUAAAAUACGUGAGGGAUGUAGAGAAGAGGUUCGGUGAAGUCAGGUUUGGGGGAAGCAUGCUGUUAGACCAUAGUCCGGGAAGAUAUGAAAGCAGUUUGAGGGCAUUGGGAAAGGGCGUCUUGGAUGGUUCAUGACUUCUUCAACACAGUGUAUCAUUGUUUUCUGAUAUAUAAAUUUGAAUUUGGAGCAUGAAGAGUUCCUGAUACUGCACAAACAUCAUAUUUAUCAAACAGGAUUUAUUCACGAGACGAGCUAUUCAGAGGAUGUGUGCAUGAGUUACACCAUGUGUAGUUGCUAUCCAUCUUUCAUUCAUGUUUCCGUUAAUCUUAAUAAUUUCAUCUAGGAAUUAUUAGCACCCAAGAAAUUACUGGCAAAGUUUAUCUAUAGGAAUGCUUUAAAGCAGCCACAUUGUAUGUUUUCAUUCCAACGCGUUUGAAUAUCACUUUCUUUCCA